GUUUCAGAGAAAUUGUUUGUCUAUCUAUAAUGAGUGGAAGACAUGGGAAUAAAACUCGUUUAUUUAUGAGUGCUAAACGAAAAAAACAUCAUUUCCGUAUAAAACGACAGACCCACUUUGCACCGGAUACAGUACCAUCUAAUAAUGAAAACAAAGAAAAUUCUGCAACAGCAUUGAAUACACCUUCCAAGGAGACUCAAGAACUGAUGGAAGAAAAUGUCAGCUCCUCCUCGUCAAUUACUAGACUCAAUGAUUUGAAUAUAGUUUGUGAGAACGAUGAUGAUGACUGUGAUGAAGAGAUAUCAAACGAUAAAUUAUCAGGACGCAGAAUCGUAGAUAUUAAAUAUUUGUUUUCUUCGAUUUCAAAUAUUAAACACCAACAUACAGAUUGCACGUUUGCUGAUUUAAAGUUUGUAAAAGAGCUACGAAAGGGUUUUACGAGCCAAUAUGUAUUCAGAUGCAAAAUGUGUCAAAAAGUUGAAACUGUGCACAGUGAAGACCCAACAUCAAAACUAAAUACUAAUACUGCAAUUGUGGAAGGAAUACUAUGUUCAGGAAAUGGAUAUGCUCAAUUGAACGAAAUUUGCAGUGUGUUAAAUAUGCCAAAUAUGCAUCAAAAUACAUAUACCAAAAUUGAACAAUCUCUAACCCCAUUGAUUGAAGAAUGUGCCAUAGAGGAGAUGAUCGCAGCAGGUGAAGAAGAAAAACGGCUGGCCAUUUUAAAUGGCGAGAUAGAUAAAGAAGGUUGUCCAGUAAUUACCGUAGUUGCAGAUGGCUCGUGGGCGAAACGUUCAUAUAAAAGUGGUUUUAGCUCUGCCUCUGGUGCUGGUUGCAUUGUUGGAAUGAGAACAAAAAAAGUAUUGUUUCUUGGGGUUAGAAAUUCCUACUGCUGUAUAUGUUCAAGAAGUAUAAAGCUUAAUAAAGAUGUAACUGAACACAGAUGUUUUAAAAACUGGUCCGAUAGUGCAAACGCUAUGGAGGCAGACAUCAUUGCAGAAGGUUUCGCUAAAAGUGUAGAAAUGCACGGAAUAAAAUAUAAAAAUCUUGUUGGAGAUGGUGAUUCGAGCAUAAUGAAAAAGUUGUUACUGAAAAAGCCUUAUGGCUCUGAUUUUACAAUAUCCAAAAUUGAGUGUUGA